GCGCAGCUAAACACAGCACAGCUAACUAACCCGUCAGCUGGUUAGCAGGCUGCUAACGCGAGCUAGCUAGCCGUUAGCUCAGCAGCUUAGCAGCUCGCGCUACACCGCUGUCUCCGAACACCGGAGCUCUGCAGUCAUAGAGGUCAUGGAUGAGCAGACCGCCUCACCUACAGCCAACAAUGAAAACAACGGCCAGAGAAAUGGAGAUGAGAAGCCCAGACGUGGCAGCUGGACCAAGGGGAGGAAGAGGAAGAAGCCAAUGAAGGACAGCAACGCACCCAAGGCCCCGCUGACGGGCUACGUCCGCUUCAUGAACGACAGGCGGGAGCAGCUCCGCGCCGAGCGCCCAGACGUGCCCUUUCCAGAGAUCACAAGGAUGCUGGGCAACGAGUGGAGCAAGCUGCCUCCCGAGGAGAAGCAGCGAUACUUGGACGAGGCAGAGCGAGAUAAAGAGCGCUACAUGCGGGAGCUUGAGAAGUACCAGAAGACUGAGGCCUACAAACAUUUCACCAGGAAGGUCCAGGAGAAGCAGAAGGGCAAGCGUCAUAGGGGAGAUGGUGGGCACCAGGUAGCCAACGAGGCUCUUCACGAGAAGGAUGCAGAAGGGAAGGACAGAACUGUGUUUGACAUACCGAUCUUCACAGAGGAGUUUCUCAACCACAGCAAAGCGCGUGAAGCCGAGAUGCGGCAGCUGCGCAAGACCAACAUGGAGUAUGAGGAGCGCAAUGCAGCGCUGCAGAAACAUGUGGAGAGCAUGCGAGGCGCCGUGGACAGGCUGGAAGGCGACGUGAUGCAAGAGAGGGGACGCAACGGCCUCCUCCACCAACACCUGGAGACUCUGCGCCAGGCGCUCACCUCCAGCUUCUCCUCCGUACCUCUGCCAGCCAGCGGAGAGACGCCCACUCUGGACACCAUCGACUCGUACAUGCAGAAGCUCCACAGCAUCAUCGUCAGUAAUCCCCAAGAACACGAGAAUCUCAUCAACACUGUGAGGGAUGUGGUCAACCGCCUGGACAGAUAAUCGGACAGAGACUCAUUGUGACGUUGGGUCGAAGCUGCUCCCUGACGGUGAACCUUCCUGUUGAUCUGUCAUCCCAGUUGAUUUUUAAAACAUCUUUUAUUACUCUGCUAAGGUGACGUAGGUGAAGGUCGUGUAGCCUCAUAUUUAUUUAUUAUUUUUUAUA